AUGACAAAGAGCCACAACUUAUGGGCUACUCGCUUUAAUGCGCAGUAUAUGCCUUCUCUUUUAGCACGUCAACAAGUGCGCAACAUGUUUAUCCAAACUGAGCAAACCCCCAAUGACGAUUCCUUAAAAUUUAUUCCUGGCACACCUGUGCUAGGUAAUGGUACAGCAGAAUUCCUUGACGUUCGAUCUUCAAUGAAAUCUCCACUUGCAAAGCAACUCUUCCAAAUUGAAGGUGUUGCAGGUGUCUUCUUUGGACCUGACUUUAUCACUAUCUCAAAGGAAUCUACUGCAGAAUGGCAAUUGAUGAAACCUGAUAUUUAUUCUGCCAUCAUGAACCACUUUACCUCAGGACAACCCAUUGUAUUCGAUGAAGGGGAUUUGGCAGCAAGUGAUACAACCAUUCAUCCUGACGAUCCAGAAGAGGUUCAAAUGAUUAAAGAGUUACUUGAUACACGUAUUCGACCUUCUAUUCAAGAAGAUGGUGGUGAUAUCGAAUACUGUGGCUUUGAAAAUGGCAUUGUGAAGCUCAAGCUGAAAGGUAGCUGCAGAGGCUGUGAUAGUGCAGUUGUGACAUUAAAGAAUGGUAUUGAAAACAUGUUGAUGCAUUAUAUCCCAGAAGUUCAGGGUGUAGAACAAGUCAUUGAUGAAAAUGAAUCAGUUGCCCUUCAAGAAUUUGAUAAACUUGAAAAGAAGUUGGGUGAAAAACAAUAA